AGGUGGACGAGAAACAAGGCUGGUGCCCCGCCUCCUACCUGGAACCUUUGGACCAACCAGAGGAGAGAGACGAGGAACGCCCCAACUGGGAAGGUGAAGAGUUCCUGACGACCGAACAGUACGAGGCACAGAUAGAUGACGAGAUCUCUUUUGAUAAAGGUGUGAUUGUUCACGUGAUCCAUAAGCUCCUGGACGGUUGGUGGAUUGUGCGGUACAACGACAAAGUCGGUUACGCCCCUUGCGCCUACCUACGGAAGUACAGCAACCCCCACCUACCCCUGCACAAGGCACGCGCGAGAACAGAUAGCGACACAAGUACCGGCUCUUUCAUCAAAAAGCUGCCUCCAAGAAGGUCUACCAUACAAAAGAAGAGCAGUGCCCACGAAAAGGAGCCCAAACGACGCGACCUGCAAAUUUACAGGCGCAAGACUCAGGAGGCCUCAAAAAGAUCCAACCUGGCUGCCAAGGCAAGAGAGGCAUACAGGAGGGUAAAUGCCGUCGCCGAGGAACCCGAAGGGGUAUAUAUGGAUAUGACAGGCGAUACCAGUGCUGCGGCGGAUGGAUACAUCUCUCCUGACAACGUAGCAAAGAAGUUCGACCAUCCGUACGUAAACGAAAGCGUGGUAGAGGAAAUCGCCGGUAGAAAAGCUAAAUCUUCUGGCCCACGUUCAACGGGAGAAGACAUCAUGAUGGUUACCGAAUCGUGCCAUGUCUACAUCAACGGGGAUGUCGUAACGCAGGGAAACGCCAGCUCGGGUAACGUGUACGUGAACGAGGAAAGCCUGACACAAUUACGUGUGGGAGGCAAGGUUGACAGGCCCGCAGACGACGUUUGGAUACUGGCACUCGUGUCCCCUAAAAGCAAGGCGUCGGAGACAAGAAACAGUAACUCCUCAUACAAUGCUGUUUGGGCGCCAGCCUUCGUCGAUGAAGAGAAAAGCAAGAAGGAUUUUCCCAAGAAUCCAGGUUUUAUCGACAGUAACACGGUGGCGUCAAUGACGAGGAAGAAGACACAGUUUUUGAAUCCCGGUUACAUGCCUGACGCGGCCCCCGUCUCGCCGGAUGCCUGGAACCAAAAAGGACCAAUCCCCGACAGCAACGCUUCUACGGACUCUGCCUACGAAAACAUUAACGUGCAGCAAAAUAUUGUCGCAAAAGGAACAACAACGCGGCUAGAGUCGAGUCCAAGAACUCCCCGGACCCCUGUCCCAGCUCCCAGGAGCGCAGCCCCAAACUUGCUGUCACCGGUAACAAGCGUGGACAAGUCACCGAGCGGUAGGUCAACUCCGAAGAGCGGUCACCUUACGCCUCGGAGUGGCCGUUCCAUGCCUAAGAGCGGUCGUUCAAGCCCAAAAAGUGGUCGUAUGAGUCCCAGUGUACCAGCUAGACCAACGGCGACAGAAAUAGCAGCGAAGUGCAGUCCGCAAACAUAAUUCAAGUUCCUCCAGGCUCAGCAAGACCUUUUCGUUCCCAGCAACGGUCGUCUUAUUCCAAGGAGAGGUAACCGUACGCCAAAAGCGGCCGUUCCACCCCGAACAGUGGCCGUUCGAGCCCGGGUGUCCACUCCAAAAGGACGGUAGAAGAACUCGCUGCAAAAUUUGGUAACGUUAACCUUACUGAGGUACUGCAGCGAAAAUAAACGGACAUGUCCAUGAUAUAGGGGAAGGGGACAUUUCGUGCUCCACUGCUUCCAGAAAAAAAGUCAAACCCAAAAUAUUCAGUUUUUAGCUCUUAGCUGAACAUAUCAUUAUAUACGUUUUUUUUUAUAUGUUAAGUACGGUAGAACCCGCGUAAUUUCACGGCCUAUUUGCCAGUGAAUUUCGUGCAAUUAUGCGAAGUUAUCAAGCUGGGUCGUACCGGUUUGGGGAUUUCGUGCAGUUAACAGAAGUGUGCGUUAAUCAGCUGUGCAAUU